AUGGACAAUCAGGAUCGACAAGAACUUAGUCUCUAUAGUAAACUACCCGACAAUGUGCGCAAGAGUGCAGGGAUUCAGGACAGCCUUGUUGGGGCAUCUAUGAAAGGCACACAGGCAUUACAAGCAUUUGUUCCUAAAUACGUUGAAAAUGCAAUCGUGGAAGGUUUUGACAAGGAAGAAGUCUACAAAACGAAGGUGAAGAACAAAGCGGUCAUGCUUGACAACCCUCCCAGUAAAGCGACAAACGAAGUUAGAGAGAAGCAGAAGCAACGACGGAGAGCCAACAAGUCAAAGGCAUUGACAGCAAAAGAGAAGAGGGCUUUUGAGGUGUAUCACAUUCCUGUGGAGGCGAGAAAAUAUGAAUCUUUUCUUCCCUUGCAUGAUUUAUGGAAGGGUUACAUGGAGGAACUCUUUGGACCAAGCAAUCCUGUCGCGUUUACUCAAAAACUUCUCAAGGCUGAUUUCCACGGAGCAAUCAUCACUGUUGCACAAUCAAAAUGCCCUACGUAUGUUGGUGCAAGUGGUAUUGUUGCUCAAGAAACCGAAAACGUUUUCAAAAUUAUCACUGCGGCCGAUGCGCUUCGAGUGAUCCCUAAGACCAACAACGUAUUUACUGUUCGUAUCCGUAAUUCAGUUUUUACAGUGCAUGGAAACCAGUUCCGGUAUAGAGCAUCGCAUCGAAGCUCCAAGAAGUUCAAAUCAAAACCUACGAUUGAUCUUUGA